AUGCCCAGACCUAAAAAUCUCCUUCCAACAAAAAAGAAGUCGAAACAUAAGGCAAUAGUUCCAUCUACUAUCGAUGAAUAUCUAGCCGCUGGUGUUGAGUUUGAAGAAGCCGGUGAAAAAUGGCGUUGCGGUGAUGUUGAAAAAUCGAUAAGGUUUUUCAUGCGUGCGUUGAAUUGCUACAGUGAAGCUUUAACAAAAUUCCCGAGCGCCUUUGACCUGGCUUAUAAUAAGGCGCGGCUUCAGUAUGAGUUAACUCAACAUCCCAAAAUAAUCGAAAAAAUACCCGGUACUCUUAAUGAACUCCUAAAGACCUCACUAGAAUACAGCAGAUACGCACUAGCACUCAAGUCCGACUCUCCCGAUAUUUUAUUUAAUACCGCCCAAGUAUUAAACAGUAUUGUCGAAGAUCUAGACGGAAAUAAUGAAUCUUGCGAUACAGACCCAGUAAAACUUCUUGAGGAAGCUCUAGUCCUUUUUCAAAAAUGCCUCCACAUCCAAGAAAAUAUGAUUCAUGAACAAAAGAUAUAUGCUGCGGAAAUAGAGGGUUCAGAUAGUUCUAUGGAUAAAAAUAAUGAGGAAGGGGGCGUUUCCAUUGCUACAACUAUACCUACACCUACUUCAAAGGAUCUGGAUCAAUGUGGAGACCGCUGGGCUAGGGUUGUUGAACCAGUCACUCAAGACACUCUCCUAGAUACCGUAUUAGCCUCCAUCGAAACGCUUACGUCUCUUUCUCAGCUGAUAAACCCCCAAAAUUCAGAGGCACUCUUUAUUGUGCAGAAAUAUGCUUCUAGUAUCACUUCAAAAUUAGAAGAUUUUCUAACCAAUAAAGGCCGUAUUUCUGAAGCGUUGAUCACUCGGGCCAGUUUUCAAUGUGCCUUUGCUACCGCCCAGUUUCGCUGCUCUCAUAUAGACUUGUCUACCUUUUCCCGAGUCACCAGUAACGCAUAUUCAGAUAUUGAUUUAUCUGCAAGCCCACGAGGUCUAUGCGAAUGCGCAGAAUCAUUCAUUUCUUACAAUACUUCUUUGCGACAGAAGGCUAGUGAUCACAAUGAUGAAAUCCUUCAUAUGCGAUGGAAAGCUCUCACAUGGGCUUCAGAGCAUCUUACGGCUGCAAGUAAACUUUCUACCGCCGAAAAUAUCGAAAGAAUACAUCUCACGAGGGGGGAUGUCGAGCUUUUGCGCUAUCAGCUAGGUCAAGUCGAAGGAGGAAUCUCUAUAGCCAAAGCAAGCAGCACUGUUCUAUUGCGGAAUGCGGGUAAAUUUUAUCGUGGCUCCGCAUCAUUAGCAAGAAACAAAGGUAUGCAGAGGGUGGCUGCAGAGGCUGCACUAAAAGCAACCAUAGUUUUGGGACUUGUUGGAGAGCUAGGAGGGCUCGAGCAAGCGGAUAAUUUUGAUUCUCUUACUUUGACGAUGAUAGAGGAGGCAAUUGAGGAUGGAUUGGUAACUUCCACGCAACUUAUGCGACCAGGAGUAAAUAUCAUUAGCUAA